UCCUGCCAACCCACACUGGCCAGGACCGAACUGCGUUUGAGCGACAUGAAACAGGUGCUCUUGAUGCGUAUUGCUUUGGCCAUUGUGAUCUUAUUGUUUGGAUACGAUGACAGGUAAAAGGAGUCUCAUGUGUGCGCUGUCGCUCGCCUCCCAUUUCACACCUUCACCUCCUCCGCUGAGCAUAUAAUCCAUCUUCAGCACGAGCAUUCUGAAAUCAUAACCAGCGUGCUUCAUCCAUUGUUCUUUCUCGUUUUCUUUUCUCUAAAUACCAAACUUUCUGUCUUUACACACACAUCCGUUAGAGUUCCCUUUACUCGGCCAUUCUUUUCGAGAACACUAGUCUCUACGACACCACACAACACUUAAUACACACACACACACGGCAUCAUGACGAGCCACGAAUCUGUCAUCGCCUGGCUGGUCCCAACGGCGCGCGGCACCAACGCCGACAAGGCUGUCAACAUGCCCGAAAACUUCUUCAAAGCAGUCGCCACGACAUCCGCCCCCUACCUAGACAGCCGUCUGCCCAACCUCAUCCUCAGCCGCCCACAGAAGGCGCUGCAAAUCACUUUUGACCAGACACCCAAGCGGCCGGGACGCUUCACUCUCGGCACAGACCCUCGCAGCUGCGACAUCAUCCUCCCGACCCUGCCCGGCGUGGCACGCCAGCACUGUGCGCUCAGCUUCGACCACGAGGGCCGUCUCACCCUCGAGGACUUUUCCGCGACGGGAACCCAGGUGUGGUUCGACUGGGAGAGCAUGGGCGACAAGGUGGACUACACGUGGACGCUGUCGGGGACGUCGGCCCAGCGCGUCACCAUUGACAUUCAGGGCCUUCGCUUCCAGCUCGUCAUGAACGAGUGUGCAGGCCGAGAUCUCGCAGCCCACAAGGCCAAGGUCGACGCCUUCUGCACACAACCACCAUGGGGUGAAGCCCUGAGCUUCGACUGGGCGCGCAAGAGUGUGGCGCCUGUGUUGCCCUUAUUUACAAAGGAGCCUCUGUUUCGACACAUCUUCGUCAAGGGGCUGGCGGACGACCACGCCAACGGGGAGAUAUACCUGUGGAACAUGGCGAAGCCAUGGGAGCCCAUGGUCAAGGCGGUCGCAGCAGCUGCUUGAGGUGCAUUUGUCUACCAAAUUGUCUCACAAUUGGGAGGAGUUUCUUGUCUUUUGUUUUGCUCAUAGCGUUCAUUGGAGA